GUGGUGGAUCUGUUGAAAUUUUGCCAUGCUCUCGCGUUGGCCACUUAUAUCGAAGUUCAACCUACUCAUUUGACGGCAAUGUCGCAGCAAUUACGUCGAAAAAUAAUAUAAGAUUGGUAGAAAUUUGGAUGCCAGAGAUAAGAGAUGUAUUUUAUGCUGCCAAUCCGGGGUCUAAGCAGUAUUCAGGCGGUAAUAUGACAGAUCGAAUGUCACUCAAGCAACGUAUCAGUUGUAAAGACUUGCAUUGGUACUUUAAGAACAUCUUUCCCGAAAGUGCUUUGGACAAUGAAUUUAUUUACAUCGGCGAAAUAAAAAACUCGGCGGACAACGGUUGCUUAGAUACAUGUUUCAAUGGACCCAUGAAAAUAUUCACUUGUCAUCAUCAAAGUGGAAACCAAUUGUUCGGUCUUACAAAAACACAAAAAAUGGUUACGUUUGCCGAUACAUGUGUGGGCGUGGAUAAGAAUAAAAUCGUGUUUGUCGAUUGUAGUAAAUCACCGCGAUGGAAAUAUGAUAAUGAGACAAAAUGGUUGGUACAUGUUGAUAGUGAACGUUGCAUACAGAACAACAUGACGGAAGUGAUAUUGGGAGAAUGUAAUCCGAAUGAUGAGACAUUCCAAUGGGAAAUAAUAUCCUUAUUUUCGUACAUAAUCCUUUAAUGUAGCCUUUCAAUGCAGACAUAUCACCAAUCUAAAUUGGCCCCACCUUUGAGUGGGGCACGACGCUCAACUGGCUAAAUGUCUCAAUAGAUUUUUGUCAUUUUAAU